ACAAUUAGAGGGGGCACGUACAGUAACGAGGUCUCUAACCCUUAUUUUACACCAUUAACAAUUUUUACAACUAACAACCCUAACCUUGUUUGUUCGAAAAAAAAAAAAAACUCUCACAAAGCUUUGAUCUUCUUCAAUAACCAAAUUUUUUGCUCCUAAUUUUUUCUUCCACAUUCUUUUCCCUGUUUUCUACAGCAACAAACAAUCUUCAAUUUUUUUUCACAUAAGCCUCACCUUCAAUUUUCCAAACCAUUAUCACUUUAAACUUUCUAACAUUACUCCAUAAAGAAAUCUCAGAUAAAAAAAAGGGCUAUAACUAUUCUAAACCCAAGUCAAUGUGUAGCAACACAUAUUCCUCCAUUUUUACCCAUGAAAGCAUCAUCAUAUCUGAUACUGGUAUAAGUUUUUGUUAUGUGUUUAUUUUAUUUUGCAGGGAAACAAACGAAGAAGAAGAGCCCCUUGGAGAACAUCCAUGCCGCACUCCGCCGUGAGAAGGUAAAGCCGACAGCAAGAUCCUCCAUCAACCGCUCGUCGACAACAACACCACGACGUCGUUCCGCUUCGAUCUGCAACAACACAGCACCACGACGCUUCAGCACCACGAUUGCGCGUCGGAAUGAAUGGAUGAGGUUGGGCUUAUGGGUUCUAUGGAAAAACAAAACUGGGUUACUGUGCGAAGAAGAUGAAGGUAUGUGUGUUCUAACUUGUUUUAAUAUCCUAUGCUAAUGCUAAGCUUUCUUUUUUUUUUUUUUUUUUAAUUUUAAUAUCGCCACUUGUUGUGAGGUUAGUGGCUCUCUUUUUUUUGGUUUGAAAAGUCAAUUUUCUUAUUUCUAUUGUUAUUAUAUAAUACUUUUUUUAACAUAAAAAUGUGCAUAAUUGAACUAAAACGGUGCCUCUAUACGGCACCCCAUCAUUUUUUAUUAUGUAUCUUAUUAUAUUAAUUGUUUAGAUUAAUAGUUAAUUUAAUUUAAUUAAUUUUAAUUAAGAUUAGUAUAAUAAAAUUAGGAUUAAGCUUUAGGAUCAUGAUAUUUUCCCCGAUUAUUCGAUUAUUUCAAUUAAUUUAUUUAAUUGGUUUUAACCAUUGAAUAUCACAAUACAAACCCUUGAAAGGUCAUAUGCAUUAGGGUUUGCCCAAUCCUACUGCCCAUUUGGCGAAAACAUUAUCAUUAAUUCUCUCCUCGAUCCGACUAAAUCUAUUAGUCGCAAUGACGAGAGAUAAAAUAACAAAACAUAAAUAAUUGAAUUCGUUGUCAUGUAAUAACCAAAUCUAUGGGUUAUGAGAGGCAAUGAUAAAACCCAUAAUUUAAUUACAAAAUUUAAAACACACUUCAUUUGCUGCCCGUGACGAUCGAAUCUAUCGAUCAGAGCAACCAGCAAUACAUUAUUUAAUCCGUUAAAUAUAAUGAUCAAACCUAUUGAUCAUCGCAACUAACGGUGACAUAUUAAAUCAGGGUUGUACGCCCAAAUCUUAAAACGCUAAACCACGUAACUACAGAUUUCCAUCUCUGCGAUUUUCAAAAACUACGAUAAGGUAAUUCAAAAUACCUUCGAACUUCGCACUUCAAGAAACUACGAUAGACCAUUCAAAAAGUCUUCAAACCAUACCAAAUCAAAUUCUAAGGCGUACAACCCUGUGCCCGAACUACGUAGACUCUGAUCCUCCAUAAGGAGGUACGUAAGCACUUGGAUAACCAAUGCGAGUCCCCUUCCCUAAAACCUCAAUUCUCUUAAAUCUCACUUUUCGCCCUUUUCAUUUCUUUAGCUAUUAAAUCCUUAAUAAUUUUGCCAUAAAACUGUUACCUUAGAUUCAAAGCCAUAGGAAAGGGUUGAGGGUGCCUAACACCUUCCCUCGACCUGAUUAUAAUAAUCUUACCCCGAUCUCUUAACUGCGUAGGGUUUCCUAUUCGCCCUGGCAGAAUAGGUGGCGACUCUAAAUCAUUAAUUUUUAGGGCAGGUUGCUACAGAAGGGAGCAGAACCUCAAUCACAAGCAUAAGGAUCUACCGAUGACUUCAAUAUACAUCUCCGAAUUCCUAGAGUUCACAAAGGCGGAGGAGCUAUUCGAUUUGUUUAGAUGUGUUGGAAGGGUCGUCGAAGUUUCAAUUUCAGCGAGAAGGAAAAAUAUUGGAAGGAGAUUUGGUUUUGCAAGAUUUAUAGAAGCUGAUGACGAAAGGAAGUUGGUGGUCCGUCUGGACAACAUAAUGAUAACAGGCAAGAAGAUUCACGCGAAUCUGUCGUGGUUUCAAAGGGGUAAGGUUACGAAGGAGGCGAGGCGCGAUGGAGGAAAUAAAAGAAACUUAGAUUUUUAUUCAAAUGGUGGAGCGGUUUGUAAUCGUAACAGAGAAUGGGUAGAAGCUAGGAGGGAUUACCGGAGCUUUACAGAUGUGGUUACUAAUGAGAAGGGGAAGAGAUGACACUGAAUCGCACUGUGUUUUUGACUCGAAUAUCACAUGUUUUCCUUAGUUUUUAUUAUUUUUUCCCGUAUUAUGCCCCUUUUUUUCUUUGUUUUCAGAUCACAUGUCCUUUCAGAGCCUUCCGUGAAGAAACAAGCAAAAACGCCAGAAAAAUAGGGUUUUUCCAUAAAAAUGCACACAUGGCGUCCAGCUCCGCGCCAGCUACAGGGGACGCGGUGACGUAGCCCACUUCAUCGAGUGGCAACUGCCACGUUCCCCAUGAUCUUCCUAAUUUUCACACUCCGUGCUGGCAUAGGGAGGCCCGCGCCCGCGGCCUUCAGAAAUUGCUUCCCGCUUAGAAGGAGUUGAAGGGUAUGCUGGUCUUUACGCACUUUCAAAAACCUCUAUAUACAGUUUGCGAUUUUCAUUUUCCUCUUCAUCCAAGCUUAGUCACUUCUUAAGCCAUAUACCAUCAGUAUCUGUAAAGUGACAGUCUCUUCACAUCGAAGAGCUGUUGCGGUGUAGAUUAAAUUAGUAGUCGAAGUUUGGAGCACUUUGGUUAAAGUUCAUCAAACAGCCUUUUACAUUCAUGCAUUUUAUUUCCUUGUACCAGAACCAAAACUCCCAUUGGAGCAGGUUUUAAUUUACUGCCUUUAUUUACAUUACCUUGCUCUUACCAUAGCCUACACGUUUUAUAGGCUCGCACAAUUUACUUACCUUGCUCUUACCAUAGCCUACACGUUUUAUAGGCUCGCAUUUAAUUCCAUGUCUGGCUAAAUUUAUAAGGGUUAGAAUGUAAGAAUCAUAUCACUAUCGUGUUCCAAUGUUUUAUUAAUAGAAAAACUAUUGGGAAUGUUUUAACUUUUAAUACUAGUUUACUGUGUUUAAUGUUUAUGGGUAAGAUCGAAAGCCGUCCAUACUUAUGAUCAAACUAGAUUAGUUCUUAACCAAACAGAAAGAGCGAAAGCCAAUCGUUUGGUUAACAAGAGAUUUUUAACAUAUUUUUAGAAAAUGAUUUUGAAACUAUUUUCGGACGUGUUUGUGGGUUUGAAAUCUGAUUCUUGGCCAAAAGCCAAAAUCUCUUUAAGUUAAAAUUCUCAAGUUAAAAUCACUUUUUUACUAAGACAAGUAAUUGAUUUCUUCAAAAUAGGUUCACUACUUCAACGCAAUGCGCACUUUUCAUUAUGUGACAAAUGAAGGAGUAAACUUAAAGAGUAAACUCAGUUCUUUGUACGCGAAAGCGACAAGUUCCCGUUAAAUCAUUCCUUUCUAUAAGUAGGAAAUAUUGCCUUAGAAGUAGUUCUAUACAUAUAUAACUGGAACAUUGUCGGAUUAACGUGAUUUACAUUCGAUCUCGUUUCUUUUAUCUGUUAUUUACCUUAUAUCUUUAUUUUUCCUUGCACUGCACCCAUUAAACUAUAUUAAUUUACCUUAGAUAAGCCCCUUAGCAAUAGAGUUGAUAGAUUGACGAUUGGUCUCUGUGGUUCGAUAAUCUUUUAUAUUACUUCGAUAGGCUGUGCACUUGCAGUUUAAUUUUAGACUCUGUUUAGUAACCCAUCAAGUUUUUGGCGCCGUUGCUGGGGACCAAACUUUGUCAAAUUUCGUACCCUAUUGUUAUCCCGUUUAGACUAAGGCUAUAUUUAGCCGGUAGAUACGUAGAAAUCGUAGCACCGGUAACCUAAUAGAUCCUUUAGUAGAACCUGAAUGUUACGCUCGAGCACGUCUCUUUAUACGCAAGUUAGGAAGAGCUAUGGCCGAAGACCGUAACCGAAGACCGCUUAAGGAAUUUUCCCAACCAUCUGACGAGGAGCCUAGUUCUAGUAUAGUAAACCCAACUAUAAUAACUAACAAUUUCGAACUAAAGCCCGCACUAUUAGAAUUAGUACAACAAAACCAAUUCGCUGGUCUCGCUACUAAGAACCCAAAUUAACAUUUAAAGGUUUUCAUCCAGUUAGCUGACACCCUUAAAGAAAAUGGUGCUACGUCUGAGGCAUUUCGUCUUAGACUAUUCCCAUUCUCCCUUAGAGGUAAGGCACACGACUGGUUAAAUUCCCUUCCCGCCAACUCAAUAACAACUUGGGAAUACCUUAAGAGAGUUUUCCUUGCUAGAUAUUUCCCCCUAGCAAGACCGCUAUCCUUAGGAACCUGAUUACUAUAUUUACUCAAAACCAAGGUGAAUCACUUUUUGAAGCCUGGGAGAGAUAUAAAGACCUUUUAAGAACUUGUCCACACCAUGGCCUAGAUCAAUGGUUAAUCAUACACACCUUCUAUAAUGGACUCCAUUAUAACACCAAAAUGUCUAUCGACGCCGCGGCUGAUGGCGCGCUGAUGAACAAACCUUACCCUGAAGCUUGCGCCUUAAUUGAAGACAUGGCCCAAAACCAUUAUCAAUGAGGAGCAGAACGAGCAAAAGUGGAGAAGAAGGAGGCCCAAGGAGGAGUACAUGAGAUAAGUUGCAUGGACAUGAUGAAUGCCAAAUUGGAUGCUCUAACCCUAAAAGUAGAAAAUAUGUCUCAAAAUCCUGCCAUAGUAGCUGCAGUCCAAUCGGAAUGCGAACUCUGUGGAAUCCAAGGACAUCAAACCUCUUAUUGUAACCUGUUGAAUGAGUCUAGCUCAGAACAAGUAAAUUAUAUCCAAGGAAACCCAUUUUCAAACACAUACAAUCCUGGAUGGAGGAACCGCCGUAAUUUUUCCUAUAAAAAUAACAACCCAAUCCAAAAUCCUAGACCCUCUAGACCGCAAGGUUUCCCGACUCAAAGACAAAACCAACCUAUGCAAGGUAUACCACCAAAACCCAGUUUUAGGGAGACGGUAGAAAACUUCAUUCUAGCCCAAACUCAAUAAAAUGAAGAGUUCCACAACUAAAACAUUCAUGUGAAUGACCUAAUAAAAAACUAGGAACUAAGUUUGACCAAGCAAUAACCCAUAAUAAGAUGCUUGAGACUCUGAUCUCGCAAAUCGCUCAGACACCAGCCGCACAAACUACACCUGGAGGACAAUUCCCUAGUCAAACUCAACCUAAUCCAAAAGGGCAAGCAAACGCCAUUACCUUAAGAAGCGGAACCAUUUAUGAUGGACCUAGAAACCCAACGUUGAGCGUAUCCGAAAGACCUGAGGAAAAUGUCGUGCUCCCGGACCAAGUGGAGAAACCAGAGGAAUCUAUGAAACAACCAAACCAAGGGAUAGAAACAAAAGAAAAAUGUUACACACCACCACCACUGUAUAAGCCACCAAUUCCAUAUCUGCAGAGACUUAAGAAAACCAAGAUGGAAAGUCAAUACCAAAAAUUCAUCAAAGUGAUAGAAAAACUUCACGUAGAAAUCCCCUUUACAGAAGCAAUCACCCAAAUACCAUCAUAAGCUAAAUUCCUAAAAGACAUCUUGUCUAACAAACGCAGACUCGACGAUCCUAAACCGUUCGAAUGCCAUUCCAUCUCCGAAAAUAAACUAGCCAAGAAAGACAAAGACCUCGGAAGUUUUUCCAUUCCCUGCAUCCUAGGAAAUCAUAUGAUCGACAAAUCUUUCUUAGACCUAGGGGAAAGCGUGAGCUUAAUGCCUUUGGCAGUUCGUAAGAGGUUAAACUUAGGCGAACUUCAGCCAACCAAAAUGUCUUUACAAUUAGUUGAUAGAUCUAUCAAAUACCCUAUGGGCAUUUUAGAAGAUAUACCAUUUAAGAUAGAUCAGUUAUAUAUUCUGACCGAUUUCGUAGUAAUGGAUAUUAAGGAGGAUGAAGAAAUUCCGAUUCUCUUAGGAAGACCAUUCUUGUCAACCACCGGAGCCAUAAUAGACAUUAAGAAAGGAAAACUAACCUUUAAAGUAGGAGAUGAGAAGAUAGAAUUCAUCCUCUCAAAGUUCCUCACGGCACCAGUGAUAGGAGAUGCAUGCUAUGCAAUCGACAUCAUUGAUGAAUGCAUAAAUGAACUUGAGCGAGAUGAAUCUUUAAUUAAACUACCUUCAACCCCCAUUUUAGAGGAUGAUGGAUUUGAGAGAAUGAAACCCUACAUUGAUGACAACAUCUUUGAAUGUUUAGCUCUUACACCAGACCUUAUGUUGUGUCUUAAAAAGCCAACUUUAGAACUUAAAGAACUACCCAAGAAUCUAAGAGAUGAGUUCUUGGAUAAAGAGAUGAAUCACCCUGUUAUAAUUAAUGCCACUCUGAACCAAAAAGAAACAAGUCAGGUCUUAGAUAUCUUGCAAAAAUAUCCCUUAGUAUUAGGCUAUAAAAUCUCCGACUUGAAAGGAAUAAGCCCAUCGAUAUGCAUGCAUCGGAUUAUGCUAGAAGAAAAUUUGAAACCCUCGAUAGAACUCAGAGAAGAAUAAACCCUAUAAUGAGUGUUGUAGUUAAAAAGGAAGUUCUUAAGUUACUUGAAGCUGGUAUAAUAUAUCAGAUCUCGGAUAGUGAGUGGAUAAGCCCUGUACAUGUGGUGCCUAAGAAAGGAGGCAUCACAGUUGUAGAAAAUGAGAAGGGUGAGCGAGUAGCAAAAUGAACAGAAGGAGAAUGGCGUAUGUGUAUCGAUUACAGGAAGUUGAAUAAGGCGACUAGGAAAGAUCAUUUCCCUCUUCCAUUCAUAGAUCAGAUGCUCGAACUUCUAGCCAGGCAUUCGCACUUCUGUUAUCUAGACAGAUAUUCGGGAUUCUUCCAAAUCCCCAUUCACCCAGAAGACCAAGAAAAGACAACAUUUACCUGUCCUUAUGGAACAUUUUCCUAUAGGCGAAUGCCCUUUGGACUCUAUAAUGCACCUGCCACUUUUCAGCGUUGUAUGAUGUCAAUUUUCGCAGAUUAUCUCGACGUUAUUAUGGAAGUAUUUAUGGACGAUUUCUCGGUAUGCAGAUUCGAUUUUAAAAAUUGUCUCUCAAACCUUGAGAAAAUCUUAGAAAGGUGUGUGGAAGUAAACCUUGUGCUGAACUGGGAGAAAUGUCAUUUUAUGGUCAAUGAAGGAAUAGUUUAAGACACAUUGUCUCCGAGAGAGGCAUAGAAGUUGACAUAGCCAAGAUAGAAGUUAUAGAGAACCUCAGCCCACCUAAAACCAUUAGAAUUUUUCUAGGACAUGCUGGAUUCUACCGACGCUUUAUCAAAGACUUCUCCAAAAUAACAAAACCCUUAACUAACCUUUUAAUGAAAGAUGUUGAGUUCGAUUUUAAUGAAAAAUGCAUUGAAGCUUUUGACAUUUUAAAACAAGCACUGAUUUCAGCUCCUAUCAUACAACCCCCUGAUUGGAUGCAACCUUUUGAGAUCAUGUCCGAUGCUAGUGACUAUGUUGUUGGAGCUGUUCUAGGGCAAAGAAAAGACAAGAAAUUACAUGUAAUUUACUAUGCAAGUAGAAUCCUAGAUGCCUCCUAACUUAACUACACAACCAUUGAGAAGGAAUUGCUAUCCGUAGUGUUCGCUAUCGAUAAGUUUCGAUCCUAUUUAGUAAGAGCUAAGAUUGUAGUUUACAUUGAUCACGCAACAAUCCGAUAUUUAUUAAACAAAAAGGAUGCUAAGCCAAGAUUGCUCGGGAGGAUUCUCUUGCUCCAAGAAUUCGACUUAGACAUCAAAGGUAAGUGUUGUUGUUUUUAUUGGCUGAUUGGCAUUUAUGUUUGGCUAAAAUAUAAUAGCAGCAAAAUGUAAUAGAAUGUAUGAAUCUUGCAAAUAUAAAAGAAUAAAACAGGUACAAGCAAGAUAUUAUAUGGAAUGUCAUAACAUCAACUCAUGACAUCGCGCCUACAGAACUGGAACAUGAAGAUUCAGUCUGAUACUCAAUAGAUACAGAAUAUUCUAUUGAAUAUUAUGUAUUCUUAUGUGGCGCAGAUUUAAAGGUCAAAAGAAUCAAGUCAGAAUAUUGGAGAAUCAAGUCAGAAUAUUGAAGAUUCAACAGUUUCUAAUUUAGGAGAUAAAUUAGGAAACUUGUGAUUGAAGACCUUUCUUUUAGCAGAAGAUAUCUACUGAUUUGUAACAGCUAGUAGUGCUGCGAUUUGUAAGCCCAAGUCCAAUUGGGAAUAGGUUAUAAAAAAAACCUUUGUAACCUAGUUUAAAAGUGAAAACCGUGUAUAGAAAAGAUGUAGUCAUUAGGGUUUGUAUAGGUAGACCACCUAGGCGGUGGGAUGGCUGCCAUGUCCUUCUCGAAACCUGUAGGUAAGAGAAGUUACUUAUCUCACUCGAAACCUAUAGGUAAAAGUUAAGUAUUAUGUUCUUGAUUGAAGCUGUGAAGCAAGAUCAAGUUAGUUUUUCUUGUUAAUUGUUUAAAUAGCUAUUACAGGGUUGUAACAGUUAGGUAUCACUAGGGAGUGAGCGGAGGUUCUCUUGUCUUAGAUGGAGUUCUAAGAUAAAGGUUGCAUUGGGUAAUGACUAGGUAAACCAGAGGUUGUUUAUCUGUAAACCAGAGAUUGUUUACAUAAAAUAGUACUAAUGAUAGUGAAAUCUUCUUCCUGGCUUGGUAGACCCCAGAGUAGGUAGUUAAAACAAACUGGGUUAACAAUUCACUAUGUUAUUUAUCUUCUGCAUUGUAUUGUCUGUUCAGUCUUGGAUGUUGUAACAUCGUGUAUAACAUCAGGUUCAGGUUUGAUAGCUUGUCCUAUUCAGAACCAAUGAAGUUUACAAUCUGGUUAUGUUGACUGAACUAACAUGAUCCCAGUACUUAUGGACUCCUUCUUCUUAGGGGUAAUUCAAAAAUUGGGGAUCAUUCUGUCCUGCCUUUGCUAAGAUAAUAACAAAUCAAAUGUCUUGACAUCGUGAGUGACAUCCUGAGUCUGUCAUACCAGAAUUUCAGUUGGUAUCAGAGCAGGCAUCCUGUCUGUUUCUGGAUGAGAUCCAUGGGGGAUACUUUCUGGUUGUGCUGAAGGUAGACGAUUUUUUGAACAAGGAGUGUUCAUAUUGUAUGGUCCCUUGAAUUGGAGGAUGGACCUAUAUGUGGAGGAUUUGACCAACCUGACCAGAGCUGUUGAUGCUGGAACAAAGAGAGCUAAAUCUAAAGGCUUCAUGAGGGAGUGAAGAAUUUGAAUUGAACUAAUUAGCCUGCAUCUAUGUACAGAGAAGAAAUGUAUCAAAACCUUCAUGCGGGAGUGAAGAUGUUAAUAAGGUGUCCUCUGUGCCCAUGUGGUUUUAUCAGGUCAGGAAUUUGGUUAGGUCUAGUCUGUUGUGUGGUGUAGAAGCAAGCAUUUUGCAGGGUUGAGUUACAUUCAAUCCUUGGAUGUCAUGCUUACAAUUGGUUGAUGGAGUAAGCAUUGUGUAAGUUCUGUUGAUAUAUGGCUAUUUUCCGCUGCAUAGCCUCUGGUGCAACCCCUAUUGUAAAAGAAAGAUUUUAGGUUUAUUUAUAUUCAACAUAAUGUAUGGCAGAACCUUACAACUAUAAUUAAAGUGUCAAAGAUACUUGAGUAAUCUCUCAAGUCCACUCAUAAUGGCGUGGUUUAUUAGAGCUGAUGAAUGUCAACUGAUCAAUGAUAUUCAUAAUCAUCUGCAAGUGUGAACCUUGAAGAGUUUCAAGGCUGGAGUGUUCCUAGAAGGAGGAACAGAUGUCCUACCGGAUGUUGGGACAUUAGUUCUGGUAUGCAGCUACCAGCUGAAGAAUAGAUGUUCUGGUGCUAAACCAAUAUAGUGUGAGAACAUUGGUUUGGAACCUACUCUUGGUCUGGAAGAGGAGACAUCUGAUUAUAAGUUGAUCAGGACACGAUCAACAUGUACUUCUACUCCAAAUCUUAAUUUAUGGGAGUUUAGAAGUAAAAGCUCAGUGUCAAAGAAAACUCAUGAAGGUAUUCUUUUCUGAUCCUUCUUUGUUUAAAUCAAGAUGAGCUUAUAUCUGGUAUCUUCUUCUGAUCAAAGGAACCAGAAAUGUGGAUUUUCAUUCAUAACCAUAGAGCAGUUGUUGGAGUUGAAUAGUGUGUCUCAACCACAGUGAAAUAUGGUCACGAAUGCUGACUGCCCUAGUUGUUAUCCAUAAAGGGUAGUGUUAUUUAGAUUCAAGGAAAUCAGAUGGCUCAGAAGAAUUUGACUAAUUCAGUGUUAUGCCAUAACUGAGUCUGUUCCAGAAACCUAAAUGAGGGAAUCUCCUCUAUAGGUACAGACUAUGGCAUCCAUCAUCUCAAAAUCAGAAUGAAAGUUUGAAGAAAAGCGUAUUGAGGUGUUGGCUAUUCUAUUCCUUGAUAUGUCUGGAUGUUGCUGAUAUUUACACUCUUUUGUUUCCACCCCAAGUGCUAUAAAUUAGAUGUUAGAGAUGUUAACUAAGAACCAUGAAGGAUGAUGUUAUAUCAAAUGUUACAACAUCAUCUCAAGGUCUUCAGUUUUUUUGUUUAUUGCCAAGAGUAAAACCAAGGAGGUGAUCAGUCAUAAUAUUCUAGUGUGAGUAGUAAAUCUUACUGAGUAACUAAUGAGUACUUUGACAGGGGACUUAGUACUUAUUAGAUGAGAAGCCCUUCCAGUUGUGUAUUCAAGGACUUGUGUGAACUAAAUGCUAUUGUUCACUGAUAUCCUCAUAAGUUCAGGAAGUUUGGCAAUGGUAUCUGGUGAAGCAUACUGACUCUGUUAAAUAUCUUGAUGGGAGCUGGAUAUUUGCAAUAUCUGUAUGAAGAGAAGAAGUAUGUAAUGAAGGAAAAAGAUCUACAUGAAAAUACAUCAUCACUACUGUUGAAGACACCAUAAAGAUAAGGUUCUGACUUAUCUGCUGAAGAUUGAUUUAUGGUUAUACAAUUGUAGUUUCUUCUACUUCAAGUUGCACAUUGUGGCAAUCUGAAUCUUGUGUAGCAAGCAAACUGAAGAUUCUAAAUUUGGAAAUUGUGACAACUUCCAAAUAGAGGAUGCUUCAAGGACGAACAUCAAAGGUGUCCUAAAUUUGUACAUCUCAUGGGGAAUAAGAGAGCAUGAAGAUCAGCAAGGAGAAUGUUAUUCUGCUUCUAAUCAAAUGGAAAGUCUCUCAAAGACUAAUCUUUAAGCCAGAAGAACAAUGUCAUACAAGAUGUCAGAACAUAACUCAAGACAUGUUUUAUCCUUGGAAACCAGCAAGGAUCAUUCUUUGUAUUAUCAUCUUAAAACAUGUAGUGAUGCUGUGUAUCACUUGCUUUGACUUAGUGCAUGUUCCAACUGUCGCACGCUCGCGAAAAAUGAACAGAGUCGCCACUAAUAUAUUUAUCCCAUAAGGGAAAGGAAUACCAGGAAACCUAACAAAGAAAGGAACAGGGUCUUGCGACCAGAGAAUCUAGGUACGGGAGUCGGUUACGCGAGGGGAAGGUGCUAGCACCCCUCGCGCCCAUCGUACUCGAUGGUAUCCACCUAUGUUUGUUUCUAUCUAAAGGGUGUGUACUAUGUCUAUGUCUAUAUAUGCGAAUGAAUGCAAAAUGUAGGGAAAAUAAAGAAUUGUACUCGCACGGGCCCUACCCCGCUGCCUACGUAUCCUUUUCAGGAAUCAGAGAAACCGUAGCUCGGCUCACGUUUUUCUGUUUGUUUUUUGUGUUUUUUAAUUGGGCGGAGUUAACGCUCGCGCUCUUGCAUAAGGGGACAGCCUAGGAUGCAAUGGAGCGGAGAUAACAAUGCCCUUAAGAAAGGAGAGAAGAGAGAGAGAAUUGGUUUGUAUCUUUUAAGGGUAAUUCCAUGAUGACAAAACCCACUACAAGGUCUCGCAUCACUUCCUUACUUUUGCUUUAAAUCUGACCAUUUAUUAGUGUUUUAAGUGUUUUUGAUUGGUGUUUUUUAUGGGGAUUUUAACUUUGUGACUUAGAUCAUACCAAAAAGAGUUUUGUUUUGCAUAUUUAGAGAACGCACAUCGAGGCCUACGCCACAAUCGUUUCUCUAAAUAGCGGUUAAGAAAUACAUCGAGGCUUCACACCUCAAUCAUUUCUUCUCCGCUAAGUAAAGGAAAUACAAAAAGGAGUUAUUUUGUGAGUACUUAGAGAAUGCACAUCGAGGCCUACACCACAAUCGUUUCUCUAAGCAAUGGUUAAGAAAUACAUCGAGGCUUCACACCUCAAUCAUUUCUUCUCCGCUAAGUAGGAAAGAACGUACAUCGGGGCCUACACCCCAAUCAUUUCCUUCCUACUAUGAAAUAUAGUAACGGUAUGAUCUUCAUCGAUAUUUAUUAAGUAUUUUAAAAGUUGAAAAGAAAAAGAAUGCAAUAGGGAACUAUAUCUAAAUUCUAGUCUAAGUUGUCUAUACAAGGGAUUUAAAAUGAAAAAACUAUACAAUUUAUUAAUAGGAAAAAACCAUACAUGGAAUAAGCAAAGGAAAAUCGAUAUGCGACGAAUAAAAUUGAGAACUCACAAGCACACAUAAUUCUAUACAAAAAAAUCGAGACUAGAAAAGAUAAUUCCUAAGUCUAUUAGAGAUUUAUUUACAAAAGAAGUAUUAAACAAAACAAUUCAAACAUAUUGUAAGAAAAAAUUUAUUAAAAGGAUUAAAACAAUUAAGGAAAAUUAACAAAAACCAUAAAAAUUAUUCACAAACUCUAAAAUACCUAAAGUCAUUUUUUAUACAUUUUUAUUUGAGUUAAAAUUGGAAUUGUGAGGUAAAAGUAAAAAAGAAAACAAAAUUAAAAUCUAAAAUCUAAGCAGCAGGGGGUGCGUCAGUAAUUUCAAUGUGAACCAAAACUAGUUAUAGGCAAAAACACGGGCCUGACUCAGGGGGUGGGGGGAGCAUUAGCGUUCAGGCCCAGAUCCACAUUACAAACGUGUACACCAGCAAUGAAGGGGUGUGAUCCAGAAAGGUUCUAGGCCCAGAGCGCGUGAGGCCCAACGCUCUCACUUCUAUUUGAUCCAUAUUUAUUUUAUUUGCAUUAUUUAACUUUCAAUAUGUCAGCAUGUGCAUUAUUAUAGUCUUGCACUAAAAUGUAACGUAACAGAUAUCAACUGGGCAUAGUGAAUUCAAGUGACUACAAGACAAAAAAAAUAAUUCAACCAAUCAGAGCGCUACAACUCAUGAGCAAAUGAUUUACAAAAAUACAAAAACGAAUAAUGCAUGGAAUAGAAGCUAAUGGUGUUCUGCCACGUAUGCCAGCCAGAAACGGAAAUGAAAACAAAGCAGACGCCGGAGACGAACUCCGAUCGUCUUCCCCGGCGAGCCUCACGACGGAGGCGCAUCAAUCCUCUUCUAGAAAUUAGAAGUAACACCACUGUCCUACUCAAUUUCCCAUGGUGAACUCGAAUCCGGGCUUCGUUCUCGUUAAAACUAACUAACGUCCUAGCUGAACGCGUAUAACCAAAUCUUAACUAGUGAAUUCAUCAAAAGUUUCACAUAUGCACGUCAUUCGGUUCACUUGUACACGCAGAACAUGAACAAGGCAUCAAAACACAAAGAAAAGCAGAACCACAUUAUGCUACUAUCAUGCCGAGACGGAUCGGAAUUACGUACCUGAAGUAAGCUCUCGAACCAACAGUAAAGAACUCUGCAGCUGCUGCUUUCCAAUCCGUAAUCCUUUGAUGAUGAUGACGAACACUGCUGGUUGCACGAAUCUUUGAGAAAUAAGCUCAAAAAUUAUCUUCCUUGCUCGAUGAAGAUGAAAAUGGUGUGGUGCAGCUUCGAUCGUUGAUGAUGGUACAAGAAUGAAGUGAUGAUGAUGCUUGAACUUUGGACGGGAUAGAGUUUCUUUUCUGCGUGUGGUUGUUAUGGAGAGUGAAGUUGUUGAAUGGAGGGGGAGGUUGAUUGAGGAAGAUGAAGGUUAAUGGAGGCGACUGAAAGUUUGGUUAUGGAAGCGUGGUUGCAGUGGUGGUGAAGAUCGGUGAAGGUUGGAAGCUAUGGUGGUGGAGAGUGGUGGUUGAAGGUGGUGGUUACAAGUUUGUUAUGGGUGUAACAAACUUUCUGUUAGAAGUGAAGAGAGAGAGAGAACCGAGGGAGGAAGAAAAAGAGAGUUUUUGCAAGUGAGAAAAAAUGAGAGCCUCCCUUGAUUUGUGAAGAUUUCGUUUUAUAUAGUAAGCAUGGGGUGCAUGUGUUAUGGUGUGGUGCUGUUGCAGUGUAGUAUUUGCAUGGAGAUGUUGGUGAAUGACCUCUAUGUUGCAACCACAAGAUCAUGUCCAGGUCUCACUUUGGGUGCUCAUAUCUCUCUCUAUAGGACACCAUUUAUUCCAAAUUAAGUAUCACUGCAAAGAGGAGAUGGGAUAAAAGGAUUUUGGUGUUUGGAGGUUAUUGAAAUAACACUUGGAGGGAUCAUAAAACUGCUUGGAAUCAUGGUGACAUGCAACUGGUCUUGCGCGUGCGUGUAGACUCAGCCUUUGGCCGGAUGCCUUGCCCACGCACCGUUUUCAACGCCAUGACUUUGAGACUUUGCAUCUUACUAAUUACAUGACCAAAAUCAGUUACGUUUGGUCCCUUGAAUGGAGCACAUGGCAAGGAAUGUUUUGGCACCAAACUUGAUCCCAAUAGAAGUUUAUAGCGCCCUAAAACUGACCUUGAAAUUGGCACGCUAGAUGUUUGACAAAAUGCACACGCGUGACUUGGUUUUCUGCCUGGCCAGAAGCAUGAUCUUGGCAUUAUGAGGACGCGACUUUGGAGGCUUACACUUAAUUCAAUACAUGUCCAAUUGAUCCAAAUCUUGUCUUGUUUGAAAGAGCACAUGGAGCAGAGUGGAAUGAUAUCUUGGUUGCACUCAUAGCGUUUUCGUAAAGUUCAAGGACCAGCUUGACAUUUGGCACGCCAAGUGUUUGACAAAAGGCCUACGCAUGACUUGAUCCUUGACCUGAAUUAUGACUUGUAACCCAUGAUGAUUUCCAAACUUCCAAGGAUUGUAUCUCUUAAAUCAAGCUUCAAAUGAAAAAGUGUCCAACUACAAAGUUGUUCUCUUCCAUGAGAGGAACAACUUUGAUGUGGGAAAUUUCUCCAAAUAAUGUCAUUUGCCACAUGUAAACUGGUGGUGAAGUGGACUGCUCAUCAAACUUUUAAGAGCCAAAAAAUUUUCUAAGUAUGAAACUUUCCACUUUUAAUUUUUUUCUAUUUUUGGCAACUUUUGUCAAACUCCCGAUUUUAUCCGUUCUUUGACUUUUCUCGAUCGAUUUUCCACCGAAAGUCAAUAUUUGAGUGAUAGACCCGAUUUUGACCCAAAAGUCAACUGUUAUGAUUUUUCCGACUAUUGAUGAAAUUCCUGAUUAAAUCUCCUCCAAUUAAUUCCAGUCACACAAACACCUCCACAAGGUCAGCAUGAGAAGUUUUCCACACAUAAAAGCCAUUCCUGAUUAAAUGUUGACCAGAAAGUCAACUGGUUGACUUUGGUCAAAGAAACCUUGAUUUAAAGAACCAGACGGUUUGCAAGCUUGCACUCUUCAAUCAAUGCCCUGAUUUGAAGCAGAGAGACACCCCAAUCCAGGAGGACUUUAAUGAACAUAGAGCCACAUGAUUCUACCUCUGUUUUCUUAUUCUCUGAUCAAACUUCUUUACAAUGGAGUUUUCUCUUGCUAGCCUUUGAAUAGUACCCAUGGUAUGCAUGCAUGGGUAUGGAUUAUGACCUAAGUGAUGCAUGUACAUGAAUGCAAAGCCUAAGCCAGUUAGAAGUAAAGGGGGUAGGACAAAUUUGGGGUAUGACAGCUGCCCCUAUUUAAUCAUCUUAAACCUGAAGGUGAGAUUGGCGUUAGCCUUUCGAACAUUCGAGGUAGAAGAAGAUUAAAUAUCAAAGACCUGAAAUUUGUCCUGAAAAGAUGGAGUGAUGUCUAUUCUUUGUUUUUGUUUUGAUAUCUGCUAGGGAAAGAGAGGAAUUGGUUUUUCUGAUGGACAUAUUUACAGUGAGUAAUUGGAAGAAGGGUGAUAGCUUGUAACGUAGCCUGAGGUGCCAAUACAAGGUUCUCAAAAGGAAUGUUAUAUGAAAUAACGACUGGAAAAAAAAAUAGAUCUCGUGCGAUCUAUGACUCAACAUCGACUCGACGAGAGGAUCUCGUACGAUCUUCAGGACAGAAGGGAGAAGAUCUCGUGCGAUCUAUGACUCAACAUCGACUCGACAACAGGAGAGGUAGGGAAAAGAUCUCGUGCGACCUUAUGACCUAUCAUUGGGAGAAGACCUCGUGCGACCUUCGAAAACAGGAAGAUAUAGAUCUCGUACGAUCUACGACUCGACAUCGGGAGAAGACCUCGUGCGACCUUCAAAACAGGGGGAAGAGUAGAUCUCGUGCGACCUACAGGACCAAAGGAGACAGAUCUCGUGCGACCUACGACUCAACAUCAAGAGGAGAUCUCGUACGACCUUCAGAACGAAAAGGGGAUAGAUCUCGUGCGACCUACGACUCAACAUCAAGAGAAGAUCUCGUACGACCUUCAGGACGAAAAGGGGAUAGAUCUCGUGCGACCUACGACUCAACAUCAAGAGAAGAUCUCGUACGACCUCCAGGACGAAAAGGGGAUAGAUCUCGUGCGACCUACGACUCAACAUCGCCUCAACAUCAGAAGGAGGAAAACAGAAAGACUUCGUGUCAGAGAUUUGUCAGGAAUUGAGGACACCUCGUAUCGGCACCACAGCUUAAGAGUGUUUGUAGUAUGAUAGCAGAUAUCAGGCAAAGUUUGUACAGGUAACAACUUUGAGAGGAUGGGUCAUUGUUCUGAUUCAACAUUGGCUCCUAUUAUCUGGCUUAUGUUCCGUAUGCAUGUUUGAGUUUUUAUGGCGUAAUGAUCCACUGUAAUGGAUAUGCUACGCUUUCGAGGAUGCAAUGCUAUAUGCAAUGGAUUCUAUAUGCAGAGAGUGCCAAAUAAAGGCCCUUGGUGGGACAGAAGAGUAGGAUCAUUGGGGUCCGUUGCUUGUGAUCUUGAGACGCCAUUGUGGGUGGGCGUUGAAAACCUCGUAGUGCCAAAGAUUAUUGGCAACUGUGUGGAGGAUUAGAACAUAACUCUGUUGGGGAGGAAGUGACAUUGCUCGACUUUCCUUACAUCCUAUACUGCUUGGGGAAACGUGAGUUCUGAUGGACACUUCCUUGUCUGCCGUAUAGGGGAGAGACAUGGAUUUCUUCCGGUGUCUUGUGCUUACCAGUACUGAUGAAUUAUACGUCUGAACUUUCACGCGGGAUGAUGACGACCUUUGUGGCAUGUCGUAAGCCAAGAUGACGACUAGAACCUGCAACCUGCACAGAAAAACAACGUUUGGAUGCAAAUGGUGCCCCUUAGAGCACUUUUAUGUUUAUGUAACAUCAUGUUUCGUUUUGAUUUCGUGAUUAUUAUUCCCCAUGUUUUCAAUGCAAUGUUUAAUAACGAAUUAAAUCACACCUCGCAUGCGGAAAAAAUGAAAAGCAGGAAAGAACACUUCUUAUCAAAAGAUCAUUUUAUUGAUGGAAUGCCUAUGAAUGGGCUUCUGUACAAGGAAGCAACUCCUAAAUGAGGUAGUUGCGAAAGGAAAAUAAAAUGCAAAAAGCCAAAUGGCAAAGAGAAAUGCUCGAAUUUCCAUUAAAACUGACAUUGCUACAAUUCCCAUAUCCUCGAUCCUCUCAAUGCUUUGCUUCAGAAGGGUAAUGGUUGGAUUGAUCUGUUCGUUCUGCCAAGGGCGUAUAGGGGUCUUUGUGAAAGAUAUUCAGACUGCAGCCUCUCGCUUUUGAUCCCUAACUUUUGCCUGGAUCGCCCUUUCGGGUUUUCAAUCCAGCGGGAUGCCCCUUUUUGCCUAAGUCGCCCUUUCGGGUUUUCAACUUAGCGGGUUAUUCUUCUCUUUUUUUUUGUUUUAUCCCUAAUUUUUGCCCAAACCCUUUUGGUUUGCCGGGAUGCCCUUAUUUUUGCCUAGGUACGUCGACCUAGCGGGUCUUUUAUGCGUAGUAUUUUUUGACUGAGUCUGAAUUGACUGGGAGUGGAACGUCUUCCCCAUCCAUCUUUGUCAAGAUUAAAGCACCACCUGAAAAUGCUUUCUUCACAAUGUAUGGUCCCUCAUAGUUGGGAGUCCAUUUGCCCCUUGGAUCGGUAUGAAUUGGCAAGAUCUUCCUUACGACUAGGUCACCUGUGUGGAAUUCUCGAGGCCGAAUCUUCUUGUCAUACGCUUUCUUGAUCCUCUUUUGGUACAACUGGCCAUGGCAGAUAGCAGAUAAGCGUUUCUCCUCAAUUAGAUUGAGAUGAUCAAGCCUCGUUUGAACCCAUUCUGUUUCAUCGAGUUUGGCGUCCAUCAAGACUCUCAACGAAGGAAUUUCCACUUCGACAGGUAGUACGGCCUCCAUACCGUAAACAAGAGAGAAGGGAGUUGCCCCAGUUGAAGUACGAACCGAAGUUCUAUAGCCAUGCAAAGCAAACGGUAACAUUUCAUGCCAGUCCUUAUACGUUCUGACCAUCUUCUGGACGAUCUUCUUUAUAUUCUUGUUAGCAGCUUCGACUGCGCCAUUCAUCUUUGGCCGAUAGGGUGAUGAAUUGUGGUGUUCAAUCUUGAACUCUUCACACAACUCUGCCAUCAUUUUGUUAUUAAGAUUGGACCCAUUAUCAGUGAUGAUCUUGUUUGGAACCCCAUAUCGGCAUAUGAUCUCUUUCUUGAUGAAGCGAGUAACGACUUGCUUGGUCACGUUCUUGUAAGAAGCAGCUUCAACCCAUUUGGUGAAGUAGUCGAUAGCAACAAGAAUAAAUCUAUGACCAUUUGAAGCUUGUGGCUCUAUCCGGCCAAUCAUGUCUAUGCCCCACAUAGCAAAGGGCCAAGGCGACGUCAGGACAUUCAGAGGAGUUGGAGGAACAUGAAUUCUGUCAGCAUACACCUGACAUUUGUGACAUUUCUUCACAUACACAUAACAAUCACUUUCAAUUGUCAUCCAAUAAUACCCUGCUCGCAAGAUCUUUUUGGCCAUAGAAUGUCCACUGGAAUGAGUUCCAAAAGAUCCUUCAUGAAUUUCCCGCAUGAUCAAUUCUGCUUCGUGUCUAUCCACGCAUCUGAGCAAAACUGAAUCAUAGUUUCUUUUGUACAGGACGUCUCCUGACAAGAAGAAUUUGGAUGCUAACCUUCGAAGCGUUCGCUUAUCACCAAUCGUAGCAUCUUCGGGAUACUCUUGCUUCUCAACAUACCUCUUGAUGUCGUAAUACCAUGGCUUUUCGUCAUACACAUCUUCAGUAGUGAGACAAUGAGCAGGGAAUACAUGUGCAGGUUCUUUGUAGCGGAGGAUCCUUAUAUCUGGCGCUUCAUUAGGGGAGCUAACUCUGAACAUUGCUGCCAAGGUAGCCAAAGCGUCUGCCAAUUGAUUCUCCUCUCGUGGGAUGUGAUCAAAAGUGAUUUCCUCGAAAGCGGGCAACAACUCCAAGAUAUAGUCCUUAUAAGGAACUAAAUUGGGGUGUCGUGUUUCCCAAUCACCUCUUACUUGAUGUAUGACCAAGGCAGAAUCCCCAUAAACCUCAAGGAUCUUGAUCCUCAUAUCAAUGGCUGCUUCGAUGCCCAUUAUGCAAGCUUCGUACUCUGCGACAUUGUUUGUGCAAUCAAAGCAUAUUCUAGCUGUGAAAGGGAUGUGGGUUUGACGAGGAGAAGUCAAAACUGCCCCAAUACCAUGGCCCAUAGCAUUUGAUGCACCAUCGAACGUGAGAGUCCAUCGCUCUCCUGGUUCGGGUCCUUCAUUAUCAUCCAGUUUCAUGAUAUCUUCAUCAGGAAAGUCAAACUUCAUUGACUGAUACUCUUCUAAUGGCUGAUGAGCAAGAUGAUCUGCAAGGACACUUCCUUUGAUGGCCUUCUGCGUGACAUACUGGAUAUCAUAUUCUGAUAAAAGCAUUUGCCACCGGGCUAGUCUUCCUGUAAGGGCCGUUUUUUCGAAGAUGUACUUUAUCGGGUCCAUUUUGGAGAUCAAUAGAGUGGUGUGAGUCAACAUGUACUGCCUUAGUCGGCGAGCAGCCCAUACCAAAGCACAGCAAGUUUUCUCGAGUAGUGAGUAACGGGUUUCACAAUCGGUAAACUUUUUGCUCAGGUAAUAAAUGGCGCACUCUUUUCGACCAGACUCGUCAUGCUGGCCCAUCACGCAUCCCAUAGAUCCUUCAAGCACGGUUAAGUACAUAAGAAGCGGUCUUCCAGGAACCGGGGGCAUGAGGAUUGGCGGCUCUUGGAGAUACUGUUUGAUCUUUUCGAAGGCUUCUUGGCAAUGAUCAUCCCAACAGAUAUCUUGAUUCUUGCGCAACAAUUUAAAGAUGGGUUCACAAGUGUCAGUGAGAUGAGAAAUGAACCUGGCUAUAUAAUUCAAUCUCCCAAGAAACCCUCGAAUUUCUUUUUCAUUCCUCGGUGCUGGCAUAUUCUGUAUUGCUCUUACUUUAUCAGGGUCGACCUCAAUCCCUCGUUGACUCACAAUGAAUCCAAGUAAUUUUCCUGAUCGCACUCCAAAAGUGCACUUGUUUGGAUUAAGCCUCAACUUGAAUUUUCGCAAACGAGCAAACAAUUUCUCCAGAUAUACCAAAUGUUCCUCCUCAGUUUGGGAUUUUGCAAUCAUAUCAUCGACGUACACCUCAAUCUCUUUAUGGAUCAUGUCAUGGAAGAGGGUCACCAUCGCACGUUGAUAUGUUGCACCAGCAUUCUUAAGACCAAAAGGCAUCACCUUAUAACAAUACGUACCCCACGGAGUGGUAAAAGUAGUCUUGGUCAUAUCUUCAGGAGCCAUCUUUAUUUGAUUGUAGCCAGAAAAACCAUCCAUGAAUGAGAACACCGAGUACUGAGCAGUGUUGUCGACUAGCACAUCAAUAUGAGGCAGAGGGAAAUCAUCCUUCGGACUUGCCCUAUUCAAAUCUCGGUAGUCGACACACAUGCGUACCUUUCCGUCCUUCUUAAGAACAGGUACGAUGUUUGCAAUCCAAGGAGGAUAUUCGCAUACAGAUAAGAAACCAGCCUUCAACUGUUUUUCAACUUCUUCCUUGAUUUUCAAAGCCAUAUCAGGUCGAGUUCUUCGCGGUUUUUGCUUUACAGGCGGACAUUCUGGUUUGAGCGGUAACCUGUGCAUAACUAUAUCCGUGUCUAAACCAGGCAUGUCUUCGUAUGACCAGGCGAAGAUGUCAACAUACUCUCGAAGCAGCUCAAUCAACCUUCUCUUUACAUCACUUUGCAAAGCAGCCCCUAUCUUGACUUCUCUCUUUGCUUCUUCUGUACCGAGGUUGAUGAUUUCUAUGACUUCUUGAUGUGGCUGAAUAGAUUUCUCCUCUUGUCUCAAAAGUCUUGCCAAUUCCUCGGGGACUUCACAAUCUUCCCCACUAUCCUCAUCAGCUUGGUCAAUUGGAUUCUCAAAGAUAUCAAGACGUGGAACUGUAACAUUAUCAUUUUUGAUGGAGUUCGAGCCGGAUCUGCACGAUGGAUGAUUUAUGCCUUAGAAUGCAACACAUAAAAAGGAAAAAAGAAAAGCUUUGCCAUUUUUGAAAAAGUUUUUAAAGUAAAAACAAAAAUGAAAGAAAUGGAACAGUAAUUGCAUGCGAAGAUAUGAUUUUUAUUCAAUAUUAAACAAAUUGAAACAACAUGGGGGCCCUUCUUUAUACAAGUAGUCAAAAUGCUUAGGGCGAAGCACAUGACUUAUCGAAACAAGAAAAUUACAUCUCCAUAAAAGUGACUCUAGGGAUGUCCAAAAUGGUCCAAUUGUUGAGUUCCUGUCCAGGCGCAGCAUGGCAAAUGAAUCUGGAGAGAUCUUCUUCAUCAUCAUCAUCCACGGCGAGAACUUGACUUCCAGAACUGGUGCUUGCACUGACGAACACUUGAGAAAUGGGGGGAAUCACCUUCUUUCCAGGAAUUAUGCUGAGCUGAGUAGAAGAAGAUGGUUGAUACCCAAGGCCAUACUUGUCUCGCUUCUCUUGAACGUCAAUCAGCUUGCCCCAGGCACUAUGGGGAGUACCAGCUUCUAAGAAAGCCUUAGCAUCAUUCAAAGACGAGAGGGGCGCUCCGAGUUCCUUCUUAUUCUCGACCACAGGGAGUUUGUCAACCGACACAAUCUCUAAGGCUUGAAAAGGUGUCUCUUGUAUCUCUCCCUCCACUUCAACAUAACGGUAUGAUGCCAGAUUAUUGACUAUCAAAUCCUCUUCACCAGUGAUCACAACAAUCUUGUCAUUCACAACAAAUUUCAAACACUGGUGGAGAGUAGAUGUCACAGCUCCAGCAGCAUGAAUCCAAGGACGACCCAAGAGGCAAGUGUAUGAAGGGUUUAUAUCCAUAACGUAGAAGGCAAUGUAGAACAUGUGAGGACCAAUCAAGACAUGCAAAUCAAUUUCUCCUUCUACGGACCUUCUAGAACCAUCAAAUGCUCUAACACUCAUAGUGCAUGGUCUCAUCAUAAUCCCAUCCAUACUCAGCUUAAACAAAGUGGCCUUGGGCAUCACAUUAAGAGAAGAACCUGUAUCAAUCAGAACUCGAGACAACACAACAUCCAGACACUUGACGGAGAUAUGCAAUGCUUUGUUGUGUGCUCUACCCUCAGGUGGGAGUUCAUCAUCAGAAAAACCCAAACAAUUACCAGCAGUAAUGUUGGUCACAACCCCUUCAAAUUGAGGCACGGUAAUGUCUUGAGUCACGUGAGCGGAAGCCAGGACUUUCAUCAGAGCAUCACGAUGAGCUUCCGAGUGCACCAAAAGGGACAAGAUAGAAAUCUUAGCUUGAGUUUGGUCAAGUUGAUCAAUCACCUUGUAGUCACUUUUCUUAAUGAUUCUCAGAAGUUGCUCAGCAUCUUGUGCAUUACGUGUUACACGAGGGUCGACAACAACUUGCUUUCCCUUUGCUUGUGCAUUAGCGUCCUUAUUGGUCUCUUUAGGAAGCGGAGGAGGGGCAGCAAAGAUCCGACCAGUACGGGUAAUGCCACCAGUGCCAGCAAUAUUUGUGAUGCUCGAAUUACCCACUGGAGGACAGUCAUACUUCUUCCCUCGAAUAUACACAGCAUUAUAACUCCAAGGAACAGCCUUAGAAUCAUUCACAUGAGAGGGAGCGAGAGAUGAGGUCGAAGGAGUUGAAGGAGCAUUUGGGACCUGAAUAACCAUCGGAGUUCUCGGAGCUUGAAUGGUCAAUGGAGCACUCGGUGCAUGAAUAACCAGCGGGGUCUUUGGUGCUUGAAUGGCCAAAGGCGUGCUCUGAGUUUUUGACGCCUCAGCAGGAUGGUAAGGGAUUUCUAGGAUGGCCACAUCUUCAAUAGGAACGACCCUUUCCACUCUAAGAACACCUUCGUCCAUUAGUUUCUGAAUUUCUUCUUUCAACCUAGCGCACUCCUGAGGAUUAGAAGAACAUUGCAAACAGUAGUCAUGUAGCUCACACAAAACCUUUUGUUGCAAAAGAUGUUCUCUGAUAGUUGCUAGCGGCAUCUUAACCUCACUAACAUCAUUCACCAGGAUCUGAUCAUCACAUAACUCAAUAGCAUUGGUCGCACCAGCAUGAGGAGGCAUAGGGUUAUUCUGCACAUUGGGACCAGUAGGAGUGAAUGAGAUAAGCUUGUCAUCAAGAAGAUCCUGAACCUUUAACUUGAAUGCUCUACACUUUUCAAUAGUAUGGCCCGGGGCUCCUGAAUGAAAUUCACAACAAGCAUUAACAUCAUAACCAGGAGGGAGAGGACUAGGUGGAGGUCCAAGCUCACGGAGUUGUACCAAUUGACCAGCAAGCAACUGAGGGAGAAGCUGAGCAUAUGACAUCGGAACCGGAUCAAUACGCCUAUCUUGGAAUCUUGUUCUUUGCGGGCCCCUUUGACCUUGAGGCCUAGGGUUCUGUUGACGAUUCUGAGGAGCAGCAGCUUGUUGUUGUGGUACGAAAGGCUGUUGGGGUGCCAUCCAUGGUUGUGGAAGAGCAGCAGCAUAUGCUUGAGGGACAUAUGGACCAGGAACAGCAUAAGGCAUCGGAUAAUAAGGAGGUGGAACAGCAGAAUAUGCAGGAGCUCGGCCUUGGUCAACAAAAGCGGUGCUAGUCUCACCUUCCUUCUUCUUCACAAACCCAGAAUACGGCUUCUUGCCAUUACCACUUGAGUUGCCAGGAUUAGUAACACCUUGAAUGGUACCAGCUUUGACACAGUUCUCGACUCUCUCACCAAUGAUGACCACGUCCGAAAAAGAAGGAGAAGUAUUACUAACCAUGUGCUGAAGAUACGGCCCUUUCAGAGUUCCCAUAAACAGAUCAAUCAAUUCUCGGUCCAAUAAGGGAGGUUGAACUCGAGCAGCAAGUUCGCGCCAUCUCUGGGCGUAUUCCUUAAAGGACUCUUCGGAUUUCUGUGACAUAUUCUGCAGCUGGGCACGGCUAGGAGCCAUAGCAGUAUUGUAGUGGUAUUGUUUCAAGAAGGCAUCAACGAGUUCUCCCCAAGUACUGACAUUAGACCUCUCGAGUUUCAUAUACCACUCCAACGGGGCUCCAGUGAGACUAUCCUGGAAGAAGUGCAUAAGCAGAGGUUCGUUCUCAGCGUGAGCGGCCAUCUUACGGCAGUAGGAACGAAUGUGAGUCUCUGGGCAGGUAACUCCCUUGUACUUAUCAAAAUCUGGCACCUUGAACUUCGGGGGAAUAACAAUCCCAGGUACCAAGCACAUAGCAGCAGUGUCGAAACUUGAAGUUUUAGCAACCUCAACAGCCUUAAGACGUUCUUCAAGAGCUUGGUACAUCUUAGCAGUCUCGGUCAACUCAGCAGUGAGAUCAUGUUCAAGAUCAAUAACCUCAUGGUGGUCGUCCACUACCUUAAGUGUCUCAUUAAUAGGAGUCUCUUUAGUUUUCGUCCCUCCGUCGACAGAAGUGGUAGGAACAUCCUUGACCAAACUAGCGACGCUCUUUCUGAGUUCAUCCUGUCCUUGAACAACGGCAUGGAGAGUCUCCAUAAGUUGGGCCAUUCUUUCCCCCAUAACAUCCAUAUCCCUACGGAGGGCAGCUUGAUUCUGUUCAAAUUGUUCCAUGAUUCUCUUCUCGUUGUUUCUGGUGCGGUAAGGAUGUAAGGAAGUCAGCUUUGUUGUUGAAGCAGAAAUCUGUUGCUGAAAGGGACCCCAAUUAGUUUCUUGUACAAUAACCUGAAAAAUGCAAUGUGAUAAUGUGAAUGUAUGAGUGCAUGUGUGCGUAUGACGUGAUGUGCCAUUUUCAGAGUAUCCAAGAUUUAAUAUUGAUCCAGAAUAGCUAACAAUGUGACAAAAGAUAAGUAUCAAGAGAAACUAGUUCUUUUUUUAUUCAUAACAGAAAUUUAAACUUGGGCAAGCCAUACAUCAACAAGAUAGUUCAACAAGGGAAAUAAAGACCCCAUCCAACAAGUCUGGUGGUGGUCGAAACAUACAGACUCAAACAUCAAUCCAUCUGAAUAUAAAACAGAGGUCCUCCUUGUCUGAAGUGCUUGUCGCUCCACUUCUUAGUUUCAUCAAACAGUUUCUUGGUUGCUUCUCGAUCUCUUCCUUUAAGAAGGCUUUGAAUCACCUCAUCUUUGCGAAACAAAUGCCCAUCCAGCUUCUUGCAGCACUCCCCGAGUUCGUCACAUCCUUUGCAUUCUGGGAGAUAAUCUUUCUCAGAUACAUCCUCCAUACCCAUCAUUCGAUCUCUGAGCUUGGCAUUUUCUUCUGUUAGUCGAGUAUUACGGAGGUGACUUCCUUUCAGUUGAGUCUCAACUGCCAUUCUUUGAGUGGUCUCUUCUUCCAGUUUCUUUUUCAGAUUCUUCACUUCAACUCUAGCAUCCCUUUCUAUCUUGAGCUUAUAAGCUUUCAAGUCUUCUCGGUACUCCCGCUUGAGUUUCUCUUCUGCCUCCUUCAUGGCCCUUUUUAGGAUCUUCUGGUGAUCCUCGACAAUAACAGUAGUAUCUCUUUCACCUUUUUCCGUUCUAGCCCUCUUUUGAACUCUGGAAGAUCCUCCCUUCAGCAUUUUGGCUUCGUGUGUCAACUCAACCUUUUUCUGGUCCACAAGACAAUGUUUCGGUUGCGCAUCUGACUUCUUUUCGUGCAAUUGGGUGCUUUCCAUAUCUACCUGGAUACGAUUCUCAGCAGGCACAGUGGCAAUUGGAAUCUUAGGUGGUUGCUCGUACAAUGGGUUAACCUUCGGGAAAGGCAACAGGCGAUCUUUAACUCUAUUUUCAACCCAAUCUGUGUAGGCUUGUUUGGCAACGGCAUUCUUUUCACCUAGAGAAAUCUGAUCAUUUGUGUGGAUGCUAUUCCAGGCACUCCUCACUUUUUCUAGACCCUUUGGAUCGGUUCCCUUCUCAAAGCAAACGGAUUCGAAUAUCUCUUUGUCCAAAGGCUUGUCUUCAAGUGCAAAACCCAACUGACGCAGCGCUAGCUUAGGAUUAUAAUUGAUAACACCUUUUGUUCCUAUGAGAGGAACGUUGUCAAAAGUACCACAGCUAGUUAUAACUUUCUCCACGUCCAUUCCAGUGGGACACCAGACAAUGUCAUUUCCGGUAAGCCCCAUGAUCCUUUGAGGCCAUUUCUGAGUAGAAGUAAUGAAAGGACCACUUGUAGGUAGGUGGUGUGAAUACAAGAUUACACUCAAAGAUGUUUUUGAUUCAUGGCAAACCCAAAUAAGCAUGCAAACAACAAGACUGAAGCAGAAAACUUAAAGAAAAGCAAGCAUUGAUCACUCAUAAGUCAAUCCAUUAUGUGUAUGUGUUUAUAGGUUGCCUCAACACAAGCAAAACAAGAAGAAUGCAGAAAAUCAGCAGUUAGGUCGACCUACUGUCAAUCUAGGUCGACCUAAAAUGAAGGAAAAUCAAUAUACCUCUGCUAGGUCGACUCACAGACCAUUUAGGUCGACUCAAAAUGAAGAAAUCUUCAUAUCAGUCUGCUAGGUCGACCUACAUGGUAACUAGGUCGACCUGAUCUGUGAAAAUGUCCCCAGAAUGCAUCAGAAGAGGAUUCUGGUCGACCUACUCCUUCAACAGGUCGACCUAACUGGGAGCAAAAUUCUGCAAGCUCUGUUAGGUCGACCUAAGCACUACAAGUGGUCGACCUAACUGAUCAAGAAAGUUCAAAAAUCAGUUUUUCUUGUUUCUAACUCAUAUGCAAUCAUAUAUAUUGUUCAAGGGUAAUUAUUCAAGCAACACCAACGACUGAAAGAUACACAAACGCUUCUCAUCUUCGUUCUUCAUCAUCUCCAACACAAUUACACAUAAUCAUUCUUGCGUUGCGGGUUAGUGAUGAGUUCGAUAACGUCCAUGGAACGGAAUUGAAGAUUCCUAGUGGGUGAAGGUUUGUGGGGUUUGUUGGUGAAUAAAAUCUGCGGGUUUUGUCCUCCACGACGGGUGGUUCUUGGGGGUUUUUAUCAAGAGGCUUCAUCGAGGAUCCGGCUGAGUGUGAAGAUUGAAGAACAAGUGUUCGAGGGAAUUGAAGAUUGAAGAACAAGGGUUCGAGGGAAUUGAAGACACUGCAGAAAGGGAUCAAAGUGAAGCUCUUGGAUAACCUUGAUCUGGCUCAAGAUUAAGGGGGAAGAAGAUUCAAAGGAUCGACAUAAUUGGUUUAUCGUUUAUCGCUUUGUUAUCUUCUUUGUAUAUACUACUUUCAACAUUAAUGAAAGAUUACCCAAUUUCAAUUUGGAAUUGGGGGCAGACGUAGUCGUAGCGAGGACGAUCGACGAACUGCCUAAACAAAUAUCGUGUUCUUGUCGCUUUUACUUUCUCUUUUACUUUCUGUUCAUAAUUGGUUAUAAGUGCAAAAUUGAUCAACGAUUCAAGUGUUAAAAUUGUGAAUUAAAGUUCUGCACAAACAUCACAAUUCACCACAACUUGAAUCAAUAUCAAUUUGAACCUAUCACCAAGUGUUUGUGUUUUUGCUUAAUCCAAUCUUACUGCAUUGCAAAUCAAAGUUGUCAAUCUAGAAGUUAAUUGGAUUUCAGUUGUUAAACGUAUUGGUUAGCUAUCAUAUUACUUCACCAUCAAUUCCACUUACUUUUUGGUUUUGAAACACAUACGACCUUUGCAAUAGCGGUCCAGAAUAGACGCAAGUCGAUUCAGAACCGCUUUCGCUCGAGUCUGUAGAAAAAUCUGUAAAAACUUAGUGAGAUCUAUUCACCCCCCCCCUCUAGAUCUAUAGGCCAGCGUCUAACAAGUGGCAUCAAGAGCUCUGGUUUAUUCCGUGCUACGAGAAACACUUAUUGGAAAGAUGGCUUCUGGACCUAAAGGGGCUCAUAAUAGAGCUCCAGUUUUCAACGGAGAAAACUACGGCUAUUGGAAGGAUUGUAUGUGUGUCCAUAUCAAUGCAAUUGAUAGGAACAUCUGGACAGCUAUUGUCAAUGGUCCAUUUCAGAUCACUAUGACAAAUGCAGCUGGUGCAGUUGUUCCAAAACCAGAAGAUACUUGGAAUGCUGAAGAUGAAAAGAAAUAUGCAUACGAUUGGAAAGCGAGAAACAUUCUAAUCUCAGCUCUAGGAGUUGAUGAAUACUAUCGUGUUUCCCAUUGUAGAUCAGCUAAAGCUAUGUGGGACACAUUGCAAGUUGCCCACGAGGGAACGGAUGAUGUCAAACUAGCUAGGAUCAAUACGUUAACUCAAGAGUUCGAACUUUUCCACAUGGAAGAUGGUGAAACCAUCGAAAGCAUGCAGAAAAGAUUCGUGCACCUGAAAAAUCGAUUAAAUUCUCUUGAUAGACCUGUUUCCAAUGCAGUUGCUACUAACAAAAUCUUAAGAUGUUUGAACAGGGAAUGGCAGCCCAAAGUUACAGCAAUUAAGGAAGCAAAUGAUCUCAACACUUUAGACAUUACCACUCUUUUUGGUAAACUAGAGGAACAUGAACAGCAUCUUAAAUGCCUUGACAUGCAUGAGAAGAGGACAAAGAAAGAAAAGAACAUGGAGAAAGAGGUAGAGAAGAAGUCAAUAGCUCUAAAAGCUUCGAGCUCCAAGACCUCAAAACGAGAGCCAAAGGAUAGUGACACAAGUGAUGACGAAGACUCCGAUGAUGAGGAAAUGGGACUGUUUGUGCGAAGAUACAACAAAUAUCUAAAGAAAAAUGGAGCAAAACAUUCCGACAAAGGAUUGAUCAACUAUAGAAGGCAAUCAAACAUGUUCAAACAAGAUGACGACAACAAAGGAAGGAUCAAAGGUCUUUGCUUCAAUUGUGGGAAAGCCGGUCACUACAAACCGGAUUGUCCAUACCUUAAGAAAGAAAAGGAGAAGAACCAAAGCAAAGGUCAUAACAAAUCUAAAAGAGCUUACAUAGCAUGGGAAAGUGAUUCAUCUAGUGAAAGCUCGUCAAGCGAUGAAGAAGAAUCAGCAAACCUAUGUCUCAUGGCUCAUCAAAACAAGAAAAAGAAAGCUGUAAGUCAUCUUAAACCUGAACUCGUAGAUAAGGUAUCUCAUUCUCAACUAAAACUUGCUUUUGAAGAAUUACAUAGAGAUGCAAUUAAAGCUUUCAAACUUUUGGCCUCAAAUAAGAAAAUAUUUUCAUACCUUGAAUCAAAAGUUGAGAAAACCGAAAGGGAUAUGGAAGCUUUAAAACAAUCUAUGCUAGACAUUCAAAAGGACAAAGUUGAAAUAGAUCCUACAUCAUGGUUUGGUUGUGAGACAUGUCACAUUUGGCAAAAAGAAGUGAGAAAUCUAAAAGCCAAGUUAGACAAGGCUCUACAACCAAAAGUGACUUUUGCGGUUGAUCCAAACAAGUUCAAAAGAUCGUAUACUCCUUUAUAUAGUAAAUACACUUUUGUACCAAAAGUAUCAACUAGCAAAACUCCAUAUUCUCAUCAUAUUACCUGUCAUUAUUGUUGCAAAAAGAGACAUACCAUUGAAAAAUGCAAAUUUAGGAGAAUUUUAGUUCCUAAAGGAGUAUUUCAAUGGUUGCCUAAGUGCAACAAAUUGUGUACUCACUACCAAGGACCCAAUGAAAAUUGGGGACCUCCCUCUUUAAAUUAAUCUUGCAGGAAAAGUGUCUUGACAUUGCCGAAAGGUUGUGGUUCCUUGAUAGCGGAUGUUCAAGACACAUGACUGGAGACCUAUCUCUUUUCGUUGAGUUUCAAGCAAAGAAAAAGGGGUAUGUCACCUAUGGAGAUAACAAUCGGGGAGCCAUACUUGGUAAAGGAAGUGUAGGUCUUUCAUUUAAUGGUGCAGGCCCAUCCACUGAAGACAUUGUCAAGGAUAAGGAAGAUGAGGAUGAAAGUAUUGUAAAGAAAGAUGCUGAGAGAGAGAAAGAUGAGUCUCACAAUGAAAAAGAGAAAGAAAGCAUCUCAAACAAUGAAGAACUUCCCAAGGCCUGGACAAACGUGAAAGACCAUCCAAUUGAUAAUAUAAUAGGAGACAUCUCAAGGGGCGUUACAACACGCUCAAAGAUAAGUAACUUCUGCCAUCAUUUUGCUUUUGUUUCACAAGUUGAGCCGAAAAACGCUAAGGAUGCAUUACUUGAUGAGCAUUGGCUAAUGGCCAUGCAAGAAGAAUUAAACCAAUUUAAACGGAAUGAUGUUUGGGACUUAGUCCCUCAUCCGGGAGAUCAUCAAGUAAUAGGCACUAGAUGGGUUUUUCGUAACAAACUUGAUGAAAACGGUGUUAUUACUAGAAACAAAGCUAGAUUAGUUGCCAAGGUUACAAUCAAGAGGAAGGUAUUGAUUAUGAAGAGACAUAUGCUCCUGUAGCACGUCUCGAAGCUAUUCGCCUCUUACUUGCUUAUGCUUGUUCUAAAGACUUCAAACUAUUCCAAAUGGAUGUUAAGAGUGCCUUUCUAAAUGGCUAUAUAAAUGAAGAAGUCUAUGUUGCUCAGCCACCCGGCUUUGAGAAUUACAUGUAUCCAACUCAUGUUUAUAAGCUGAAACGUGCUCUAUACGGUCUUAAACAAGCCCCUCGGGCUUGGUACGAACGUUUGAGCAAAUUUCUCCUUAGUCAAGGGUACUCUAGAGGUAAAGUUGAUACUACUCUCUUUAUUAAAAGAAAAGAUAAGGAUAUUCUCUUAGUCCAAAUUUAUGUAGAUGAUAUUAUAUUUGGGUCCACUAAUGCAACACUUGUCAAAGACUUUUCUAAGCUUAUGCAGAGUGAAUUUGAGAUGAGUCUCAUGGGUGAGCUAAAUUUCUUCCUUGGCCUACAAAUCAAGCAACUCAGUCAUGGAACGUUUGUGAAUCAAACUAAUACGGAGCUGCUCAAAAGAUUUGGAAUGAGUGAAGCAAAGGAAAUUGACACACCUAUGGCAACAAAUACAAAUCUAGACAAAGAUGAGAAAGGUAAAGAGGUUGACGUGAAAUUAUACCGAGGUAUGAUAGGUUCACUAUUGUAUCUUACUGCCUCAAUGCCGCACGCCCGCGAAAAUGAACAACAGAGUCGCCACCAAUAUAUUUAUCCCAAAGAGGGAAAGGAAUAUCAGGAAACCUAAGGUGAAGGAACAGGGUCUUGCGACCAGAGAAUCAAGGUACGGGAGUCGGUUACGCAAGGGGAAGGUACUAGCACCCCUCACGCCCAUCGUACUCGAUGGUAUCCACCUAUGUUUGUUUCUAUCUAAAGGGUGUAUAAAUCUAAAGCUUAAUUACUAAGGGAAUGCAUGCAAAUGAAAGAAAAAGAAACACGGGGAAAAUAAGGUUUAUAAAUAAUUGUGCUCGUUCAAGCCCCGCGACUUGAUGCCUACGUAUCCUUUUCAGGAAUCAGAGCGCCGUAGUUCGGCUCCUUAGUUUUUGUUUGUUUUUGUGUUUUUUAGUGGACGGCGUUACAUUCGCACUCCGCUGCUCGACCUCUGGAGUCUUAAGCUGGGGAUGGAGCGGAAAUAACGUGUCCGAUUAGGAGAAAGAAUGCCCUGAAGGCAAGAGGUAGAAUGCCUCGGAGGCAAGAGAGAAAAAGAGAUUGGUUUGUGUCUUUUAUGUGUGAUUCCAUGAUGGACGAAAACCUACUACAAGGCAUCGCAUCACUUCCUCACUUUGAUUAGCUCUGAGCCUUUAUUAGAUAUUUUGAAGUGUUUUUGUUUAGGUGUCUUUUAAGGGAAAUUAAUUUGUGACUUGAAUCAUGCCAUAAAAGGAGUUUUUUUGAAUAUUUAGAGAAUGCACAUCGAGGCCUACGCCACAAUCGUUUCUCUAAAUGAAAUACAGUUUUUGAAUAUUUAGAGAAUGCACAUCGAGGCCUACGCCACAAUCGUUUCUCUAAGUAACGGUUAAGAAAUACACCGAGGCCUACGCCUCAAUCAUUUCUCUUCCGCUAAGUGGGAAAGAACAUACAUCGGGGCCUACGCCCCAAUCAUUUCUUUCACACUAAAAAAAAGGCAUUUAGCAUGAUUCGCGUCGUCCUUUAUUAAUGUUUUAAAGUUGAAAAGAAAAAGAAGGAAAACUAGCCUAAAAUGAAUAACUAGCCUAAUGUUAUGAAAGGGGAUUUCUAGAUCCUAAUGUUAUCAUGGUCUCUACCUAAAGUUAGGAAUGAACGAAAUUACAAGCACAAGCAAAGAUCAAAAUUACAAGUAAAAAUUACAAGUAAACAAUGAUACAAAAUUAGUGCAAAAAUGACUAAAAGAAUGACUUGAAAUAUGGUACAAAACAUGGACGCAAAUGAUGCAAAAUAUAGUACCAAAAGUGAAUUAAAAGAUACUAUUUAUUAUGAGAAUUUUACAUGAGAAAAAGAAUACAAAACUAAGCAAAAGAGAAAUAAAAUAAUUAGCCUAAACUAAUAUUUUUUAUGAACAUUUUUUGUGUCGAAAAUUGGUAUUGAGGUCUAAAAAUUAUGGUAGAAAAAUUAGCAUUUAAUCACUAAAAAGAAGUGGCAAAAAUCUAAUUACCUAAAUCUAAAAAGAUGAAAACAGGGGGUGUAGUCUGAAUUACAUGGUGUGCAAAUAGUUAGGGCGCUGGCCUAUGGGAAAUAGCCCAAUGCAGUUUUUGUUACAGAUUUUAUAUCAUGCCAAAAAAGGAGGCGUGGGCCUCAGGGGGGUAUGCAAGUAGUAAUUUUGUGAGGAGGCCCGAGAUUGGAGAAUCACAUUCACAGAUUAUUGUUAUUAUUAAAUAAAAUUCUGGUUAGUGUUCAAUUAGCCCUAAUUAAUUGUAAUUAAAUUGGUUAAUAACAAAAUUAAUUGAAAAUGUAAUAAAAGAGGAAUUAGCGUUUUAGGGUUUUCCACUUGUGACCAUUCAACUUAAUCGUGAAACUCAGUUCUCACUCUCUUACACUCGGACGGCGCCGGAGUGAGCCUCUCUCCUCCGUCAUGAUACCGCCUCCGGCCACCACCAACCCAAAACAGAAAUAUCAUCUUCCUCACCUCUCUAAUCCUCACUGAUAAGACCUAAAACCUAAAUUUUCAGAAUCGAAUUGAGCGUGAUAUGCGAAGUUUCAGAGAACAAUUCGUUGGGGUUUUGAAUCUACACACCUUAGGCUAUAUUAUAGUAUCGAGAAAUUGGAAAACGAUGAAGGGGAAAGAGGUAUUGAAAGCUUACCUGAAACGCAAAAUAGCGAAGAUCGUUGAAAGAAACCGGAGAGGGGAUUCUGAUUUUGGUACGUGCGAAAUAAACGCAACGGAUGAAUGAGUUCUUCAGAUGACGAUGCCCCUGGAGCGUGUCGAAGAUUGAAGCUAGGGUGAAUACGUGUUUUGUGGAUUCGUGAUUGAGGUGCAGAGUUGAGCGAAGAUGAUGAUUGAACGAGAUUGAUUGAAGGUCACGAAGUGAUGGAGGUGGAUGAUGGUUGCAGGUGAGGUUGGAGAAGGGUGAUUGAGAGUGUGAAGAGAUGAAGAUGAUGAUGAAUGAAAGUGAGAAAUGGUGGAGAAUCUGUGAAAAUGGUGGAGAGACUUGAAGCUGAGUGAAAGUCCAGUUAUAUAGAGUUUCCAGGUUAGUUACUCUUCUCAAUUUUUCUGUUAUGAUUCAGUUAGAAUUCUGUUAGGAAUCCGUUUAGUGGUUAUGGCAGUUAUCUGUUGGUAGUUAGUUAGAAAGUGGUUACUGGUAGUUACAAGGUGAGAGUUAUAAAAUUCUGUUAUUGAAGUUAGCUGCAGCUUUGUUAGUUAAGGGAAGUUUGAAUGAGGUGUCGGAUUUGAAAGUUGGAAAGGUUUAGAGGUUAUGUAAGUAUAAGUUUUGUGAAUGGCUGCUGAUUUUUAUGUGUUGUAGGGACUGGUUAGGAAUUAGUUAAGGUUUUGGAAUAUAUGGCUGAGACUUGCAGUAGGUUGUUAGGGGUUUUUCCAUGUUGUGACUGAAUUUUGUUGUGACUGAGUUUUGAUUUCAGGUCAGUGAACGGGUUCUUUUGGUCUAUUUUCUGGACUGGCAUUCCAAUGAGACACAUGAAUAUUGGUGGUUUAGAAAUUGGAGACAAGGAUGGCGCAUUUGGAAUGAAAAGAGGCAUACAGAAACAGGAUCGGAGCAAGAUUUGUGGACUUUGGUCAAAAGAGUUACUAAGUUCAUAUCAAAUGUGUACUCCAUGUUUUUAAAUGUAAUUCCACAUUUUUUGUAGAAUAUUUCCUUUUGAAUUUGUAAUAAGCCUGAUAUGUAUCUCAAAUGCAUUGGACUUUGAAUAUAAUUUGUAAACUUUGUACAGACUUGUAUAACCUUGUAAUGGAGCUUGCGAAUGAUUCUUUUUGUUGAAUUGAAAAUAACUUGUGAUGGAGCUUGCGAUGGAAUUUGGGAUGGAAUGAUAUGUACAAUGUAAUUUGGCUUUUUGUAGAAACUUUUGAGUGAUGUAAUGGUAUUUGAAGGUGUUUGGUGCAGCCUUGAUCAAAACUUGUCCAUACAUUUUGAAUUAAUCUAUGCAAAUCUCAGACUUUCUUGAUAAAUUGAAUUCCAAUUAAGGAACCUUGUGCUGAAUACUUAAGUUACGUGUUCGUAAGUCAAAAGAUUUAUCAAAAUGACAUUCACAAAUUUGAUGAACAAUUGAGCUCAUAGUCUUCUUGUAUAAGCUCCAGUCGUAGCAUUAUAACUCAUACUUCUUGGUUGGUGAAAAAUGCAUUCAAUGGAUGAUUUAUAUAGGUCCAAACCCUUGAGCUCUUGAAGAGAAAUAAUUAGGAGGAGACACCUUAAUUCAUAUGAUCCCUAGUUGAAAUGCUUCCAAGCCCAGCACAAGGGAUUGGAAACCUUAAUUUCAAAGAUCCUUAAUCCUAAUGCUAAGUUACAGUAUGAUGAAUGAUGUGUUAGAUGACCUAGUAGAUGAGAUUAUGAGAUGCAUAAGCCAAUUAAGAAUAAUUAGAUGGGCAAAUUUUGGGGUGCAACAGCUGCCCCUAUUUAAUCGUCUUAAACCUGAAGGUGAGAUUGGCGCUAACCUUUCGAUCAUUCAAGGUAGAAGAAGAUUAAAUAUCAAGAGAACCUGAAAAUUUGCCUGAUGAGAGAUAGGAUCCACUGGGAAAAGAUGGUGUCAACUCUACUGAGGAAGAACGUAUCAAUUCUGGAUUAAUCGAAUUAACUCUGGGUUAGAAAUGAAAUAAACAUCAACUCUGGGUUGAAAAAGAAAAAGUGGGUCAACUCUGGGUCGAAGACUAAAGGGAAGUCAACUCGGGGUCGAGAAAGAAAGAAAGGAAAUCAACUCUGGGUUGAGAGAAAGUAAUUGGAUAAAGACUAUGGGUUGAAAGUGGAAAGAUGAACAAUUAGAAAUAACCGUCAACUCUGGGUUGAGUGGGAAAAUGAUAUCAAUAAGACAUAUUCGUCAACUCUGGGUUGAGUGGGAAAGACAAAAGAUAACCGUCAACUCUGGGUUGAAUGGGAAAAAGGAUCAAUUCUGGAUUGAAUAAAGGAUGCCCGUCAACUCUGGGUUGAGUGGGAAAGAAGAAAUCAAUUCUGGAUUGAAUAAAGGAUGACCGUCAACUUUGGGUUAAAUAAAAAGUAACCGUCAACUCUGGGUUGAGCGGGAAAAAUGAACAAAUAGAGAUGACCGUCAACUCUGGGUUGAGUGGGAAAAGGAAUGAUCAAUUCUGGAUUGAACAAAGGAUAACCGUCAACUCUGGAUUGAGUGGAAAAGAAAGACAAUGAUCAACUCUGGGUUGAAUAAAAGAUAACUGUCAACUCUGGGUUGAGUAAAAGAUAACCGUCAACUCUGGGUUGAGUGGGAAAAGGAAUGAUCAAUUCUGGAUUGAAUAAAAGAUAACCGUCAACUCCGGGUUGAGUGGGAAGUAGAAAUGAUAACCGUCAACUCUGGGUUGAGUGGGAAAGAGAAAUAAGAUAUAACCGUCAACUCUGGGUUGAGAGGGGAAGAGAAAUCAAUUCUGGAUUGAAUAAGGGAUAAUCAUCAACUCUGGGUUGAGAGGGGAAGAGAAAUCAAUUCUGGAUUGAAUAAGGGGUAACCAUCAACUCUGGGUUGAGAGGGGAAAAGGAUAAAGAAUAACCAUCAUCUCUGGGUUGAGUGGGAAAAGACAAGGAAUCAACUCUGGGUUGAGUAAAAGAUAAGCGUCAACUCUGGGUUGAGCGGGAAAAGAAAAGAGACAACCGUCACCUCUGGGUUGAGUGGGAGGAGAUAAUUAACUCGGUUAAAAGAUGGAGGGAAAGUCAACUCUGGGUUGAACUCAAAAACAUCAACUCUGGGUUGAAGAAAAAUGACCAUGAUUGGCUUUGGGAGAUGACACCACAAUGGUAACUCUGAGUGAUCCAGUGGAAUAUCGAUUGAUUGCUUGUAGGGACCUCAUCUGAUGAGUAACUUGGCUUAUGCUUCAUAUGCAAAUGUUUGAUUUACUUUAUGCACUUCUGAAGAUGCGAUGCAAUGAUUUCUAUAUGCAGUGUACUGAUGGAUUUGUCAGGGUUUUUGCUUUGCGUGGAAUAGAUUAGGCGGAGUUCUGAAACUCUGUUCGAGAUUCAAGGUGGGGUGGAUGCCCCUGUUUUAUUGAUGAUUGGAUCAUGCGAGUGAAAUGAUAAUGAAAAUGCAAUGAUUAUGCAUGACGUAUGUAUGAUUAUGAAUGGAAUGAUUGUUUCCAUGAUACUAGGAAUGAAUGGAGUGUUCCUUGUAGGAAGGUCAUUGCUUGAAGGAUAGAACUUGUGGAGGUGAGGUGUUUAGCUUGACUCCUCGACACUUAUCUCGAUAUCUGACACUUGCUUGAAGAUGAGGAGAUGAAUUGUUACUAGCUUGCCCCAGCUCGUAGGAUCUUCUUGAGAUAUGACUUUGAUAUGUUUGAAUCAUGGAGAUUAGCAAUGGUCUGCCCUAGUGUAGAUCAUGGGAUGAAUGCCCCAGAUUGAAAGGAACUCUUCCACCAGAUGGAUGCUUCAGGUAUUUGCUUUGCGGGUGACCAACCUUUGCCUUUGUAAGAUUACUCGACGGUAUUUCGAUGUUGAACUUUCCUUGGUAUCAAGUACUUACUUUCUGAUUAGAGACAAUUCUAUUUUGAAAGAGAUAGUGAGAAUGCAAUGCACAUGUUAAUCUCAGAAGAAAAGGUUUUUUAUUUGUCGAAAUGUUGUAUUGAUACUAACACAAAUGAAAAGCAACAUUAGGAGUCAGUUUGACAUGAUUUUACAGUUUGUAUGCUUUCGGAACGAACCCUGCUUCAAUUAGGACUUUUGAGGGUUGUAACGUGGCCGGGUUCGCGGUUUAAGAAAUAAAGGAUAAAGGCUCAAGUUCUACUUAACCCACCCCUUCUUCGUGAUGUUCUCCAGUCCUACGUUCAGUUAGCUUGACACGAGUGUUCACCUUUCAGGAAGGGUUGUAAUGAAUGAGGAUCCUUUAUGGCUUUGAUGGAGGUGGCAGCCACCCUUUGAUGCUUUUGUUGAUGGUCACAACAACUUGUCCCUUGGAGGAUUUCUUUCUUGUGCUUUGCCUUUUGCUUUCCCUAACUUUUGCCUGGACAGAAAGUUUCUUUUGAUAUUGGUGUUCGUUGUCCAGCGGGAUAUGCCCUAAUUUUUGCCUAAGUCAUUUGCUUCAAAGCUUUAUUAUUUUUUUUGACUUAGCGGGCUAUUGCUUCUUUCUUCCUUUUUUCUUUUGAUCAUGAUUCAUAACUUUCUUUUUUUUAUUCUUUUUGUCUCGUUCGGGAACAAGUUGUAUGACUUUGAUGAUUGACUUGAUGAAAAGGUUGUGACUGCCUUCUUCUCAGUGAAUGAGAGACAUCCAUUGUGGAUUAUGCUCUUCUUCUUUGUUGUGAGAAAUAGAAUAUGAUUGAUCCUCUGAUGGAAUACCUGAAAGUUGAACGCUCGGUCGCACUAACUGAAGACUACCCUGCCCCUGGUUAAGAUUGAGGGUUUUAUAUAUUUGAAAAGAAACUACUACUCCUUAGGCUCAAAGGGGUUGACGAAGGUUUCACUCCCUUAUAACUCCGGUGUUUAGGAAUUGAAACAAUGCCUGUACAUCAUCAGCAGGACCUUGUUCCAAAAGCAUACAGUUAGUAGUUCAUGUGUUUUUUGAUUUUUCAUCAUUCUCCUUUUUUAAUUGCUUAAGACAAAUGAGUUGAAUAUCAAUGAACAUAAUGACAAAGAUGAAAUGAUUUGAGAAAAACAUGUAUAUUACAUUAUUUUUAUUUAUUCAAACAGAAUGAGUUUCUUACAAUGAGAAGUACUUGAUAACAACAAAAGCAAUACAAUUGAAAAUACUAAAGAAAUCUAUACAAUGGCAAGCUUGGCCUUAUUCUAAUGCAAAUGAAAUGUUCUCUGACAAACAUAAAGUCUUCAGGGCCCACUGAUGGAAGGUGCCCCUUUAUGAGGCAUGGGGUUUUCUGAUAGUAGCUUGAUCUUGUUUGUAAUUCCCCAUGAUUCUUUUUCUAUGAGCUCUCGUCAGAUAUCGGUGUGGAGGAAUCGUCUUGACUGAUCUGAUGGAGAGGAAGAGUGGUAAGAGUCUUGGUAACCAUGGAUGCAUAUGCAUGAAUGCAAAAAUGUUAAUGAAGAUGCAAAUGUAUCAUAAAUCAGGAUCAAGGAUCAAGGCCUCUUGGGUAACAACUUCUCAUGGUCAAUAAUAUAUGGUCGAAUCCUCCAGAUUCAGAGGUUCGACGUUGCUUUCUGGAUAAACAGCUUGUGCAUAAGUCAAAGAUGGUCGAACCCUCCAGAUUCAGAGGUUCGACGUUGAUUCUGAUAGAUAGCUUUUGCAUAAGUCAUAUAAGGUCAAACCUCCAGAUUCAGAGGUUCGACGUUGAUUAUGAUAGAUAACUGAUGUAUAGCUUCUGUAUAAGUCAAAUGUCCCAGGAUCAAAGGUUCGACGCCUUUUUAAAUACCAGGAGAACCAAUAGUCACCAACAGGACAUGAAUAGUCACCAACAAAACCGAGUCACCAACGGUACCUGUCAUGUAUAUCCCUCCCCACUCACGGGUGUAGUCUAGGUCAGGGUAGGUCAAUAUGGCAACCAGCGUGAUCAGUUCUCCUGAGAUACCACCAUUGUUGCAUCUACAUGCCAACGAUGAUACCCCAUUUGAACCUCGACUGGGCGUGGGUCUCAUGAUCGCACUAGACAAGACCUAACAUCUCAUCGGCGUCAUGACUAUCCACUCUAUCCUAGGUAUCCUAUGUGUCACUCUGGCCUGGGUAUUGGGCCUUUUACCUCAAAUCAGUAACAUCCCAUCCCAACAGAACAGCAUAAUAAUAAUCAUAGUAUAUGAAAAUAAAAUGCGAUACAUAAAGAAAUAAAGCAAUAAAGCAAUAAAGCAAUAAAGCAAUAAAUAAACACCCAAAGAAAAGAAAACAAACAAAAGCUAGGAUCGACUAAGCUAGAUCCCCAGCAGAGUCGCCAGCUGCCGCACGCCCGCGAAAAUGAACAACAGAGUCGCCACCAAUAUAUUUAUCCCAAAGAGGGAAAGGAAUAUCAGGAAACCUAAGGUGAAGGAACAGGGUCUUGCGACCAGAGAAUCAAGGUACGGGAGUCGGUUACGCAAGGGGAAGGUACUAGCACCCCUCACGCCCAUCGUACUCGAUGGUAUCCACCUAUGUUUGUUUCUAUCUAAAGGGUGUAUAAAUCUAAAGCUUAAUUACUAAGGGAAUGCAUGCAAAUGAAAGAAAAAGAAACACGGGGAAAAUAAGGUUUAUAAAUAAUUGUGCUCGUUCAAGCCCCGCGACUUGAUGCCUACGUAUCCUUUUCAGGAAUCAGAGCGCCGUAGUUCGGCUCCUUAGUUUUUGUUUGUUUUUGUGUUUUUUAGUGGACGGCGUUACAUUCGCACUCCGCUGCUCGACCUCUGGAGUCUUAAGCUGGGGAUGGAGCGGAAAUAACGUGUCCGAUUAGGAGAAAGAAUGCCCUGAAGGCAAGAGGUAGAAUGCCUCGGAGGCAAGAGAGAAAAAGAGAUUGGUUUGUGUCUUUUAUGUGUGAUUCCAUGAUGGACGAAAACCUACUACAAGGCAUCGCAUCACUUCCUCACUUUGAUUAGCUCUGAGCCUUUAUUAGAUAUUUUGAAGUGUUUUUGUUUAGGUGUCUUUUAAGGGAAAUUAAUUUGUGACUUGAAUCAUGCCAUAAAAGGAGUUUUUUUGAAUAUUUAGAGAAUGCACAUCGAGGCCUACGCCACAAUCGUUUCUCUAAAUGAAAUACAGUUUUUGAAUAUAUAGAGAAUGCACAUCGAGGCCUACGCCACAAUCGUUUCUCUAAGUAACGGUUAAGAAAUACACCGAGGCCUACGCCUCAAUCAUUUCUCUUCCGCUAAGUGGGAAAGAACAUACAUCGGGGCCUACGCCCCAAUCAUUUCUUUCACACUAAAAAAAAGGCAUUUAGCAUGAUUCGCGUCGUCCUUUAUUAAUGUUUUAAAGUUGAAAAGAAAAAGAAGGAAAACUAGCCUAAAAUGAAUAACUAGCCUAAUGUUAUGAAAGGGGAUUUCUAGAUCCUAAUGUUAUCAUGGUCUCUACCUAAAGUUAGGAAUGAACGAAAUUACAAGCACAAGCAAAGAUCAAAAUUACAAGUAAAAAUUACAAGUAAACAAUGAUACAAAAUUAGUGCAAAAAUGACUAAAAGAAUGACUUGAAAUAUGGUACAAAACAUGGACGCAAAUGAUGCAAAAUAUAGUACCAAAAGUGAAUUAAAGGACUAUUAUUUUUAUUGAUUUUUAUAUGACAUAGAACAAGAAUUCUAAUCAAGCAAAAGAAUUAAAAUACAAGCCUAAACUAAUAUUUUUUAGUGAUAGUGAAGAUUAGUGUUUUUAUUACCUAAGAGAAAUUGAUGAAAAAAACUAAUUAAACCCAAAUAAAGGAUAUAAACAGGGGGGUGAAUAGUGAAAAUGGGAUUGUGAAGAGUAACUGGGCGCAGGCCCAUGGAGAGAAGCCCAGGGUGAUGUUUUUGUUUUUAUUGCCAGAAUGUGCGCAUGGGCCUUCAGGGGGUGUGAAUAAUAUUUCGGCCCAGGAGUUUUUUGUGUCACAGCAUUUUUGUUAAAAAGAAAACUAAGAAAUUUCAUGGGCUAACUAUGGGGGGUGCAAAUCGUAAUUUCGUGGCCCAAGAGCAUUGUUCAGAUUCAUCAAAUUAUAUUAUUCAGUUUUAUUCAAAAAAAGAACCAACUAAUCAACUUAAUAAACCCAUUAAUCACUAGAUUCUGCUUAGUCUCAAUUCCAAUUCAACAUACGAAUACGUUUAGUAUCAAUUAAUCAGGUUAGAAGUUAAUUAGUCUUUUUCAUUAUCACUUAAUCAUUCCUUAAUAAUAAAAAAUAAUAAAAACAUUGAAAGGGGAAAAUAGGGUUAGUUUGUACCGAUUCAGCUUCUUCUCUCUCGUUCUCGCCUUUUCCUCUCCGUGCCCUUCUCUUCCGUGAACGAGUGCGGCGGCCGGCAAUACUCCUCCUUCUCCGAUCGAAACCAACUCGCAAACGCCGACUGACCUCUCUCUCCCCUCAAACGCAGCGACGCCUCUUAGCUCUCGUCUCCGAUUUGACUCAGCUCUCACUCUCUUCUUCGUCCGUUCUCUUCACGUUUGUUCGUUGUUGUUGCCGAAAUUGAUGAAUGAAUCGGCGAUGAUGAUGAUGAUUUGGUGUUCUCGUGCAGAGAUGACGUGGAGGCUAUUUGAAGAUGCUGAGAUGCGAUGUGAAGAUGAUGAAAUUAGCGGUGAAGAUCGAUGAUGAAGAUGAUAAAGAACGGUUCAGAGAAGAUUCUCGGUGAUGAUGGAGAAGGAAGUGAAUGAAGAGGUGGAAGGUUGUAUGGAGGUCGAAGCUGGAGGUUCUGAGAAGAUUCGUGAGAGAAUCAUGGAGGGUGGAAAGGUCGAGAGAGGAUGGUUGAAGAUGAUGAUGGUGAAAUUGGUUCAGAGGUGGUGAAGAGAUGAAGCUGAGUAUGAGAGGUGCAGGUUGUGAAUGGAGUCGAGUGAGAUGGAAGGUGAUGAAGAAGAUGGUUGAAUGUGUCUUUCUCAGGUUAAUUCUCCCCGACUUUCUAUGCUGCCAAUUCUGUUAUAUCCUGUUUCCCUCUUCUUCUAUCAAUUCUGUUGGUGAACUGUUAGAAUCGGUUAAAUUCUGUUAGAAAAGUUAGUUGGUGGUUAGAAGUUGUUCUGAUUUCUGUUAUUCAGUUAGAGAAUUUGUUAGGUAGUUUUGGUUCACUGAAUGUUAGGAUCGGUUAGAGAAGUUAGUUAUAGGUGUUGGUUUGUAACUGAAUUAGUUGGGAAACUGUUAUAGGGAGUUGGGAAAUUCUGUUGGAAACUGUUUGGGAUAUGAAUGACUGUUGGUUAGUAAUAGUUAUGUGAUUGUUUAGGGACUGGUUUCUGUUAAAUACCAGUGAACUUGUUAGAUUUUGAAUGGAUGUGGAGUGUUUGAAUUAUGCAGGGCUGUUUUUGUUGUUUCGGAUGCAGAACUGACUUUCUUAUGAUUUUGCAGCAGGUGGGGUUGGUUAUGAGAUAUUGGUUAUAGGUUAGGGAUCUGUUUUGAUUUGUAGAUCUUUUCCAGGUGUAAAUACAUAAGUUUAAUGUGGCCGCAAAUUUCCAUGAAUUUUGUAUUGAGAUGAUGUUGGAUGAAUGUUGGUAUGGAUUGUAAGCUGCCUCUUUUAAUUUGUAGGUUUUGGUAAGUUGAUUGCAUUGAUUUGGACUAACAGUUCAACUUGAACCUAGCUCACUUUUGUUGUUUGGUUUUUGGACAGAUUUCUGAGUGAGCAUUGAGCUAGACGCCACUCUUGUACCGGGCUGAACGGAGAUUGCACUUUCAGUUUUUUGGAAAAUAUUGCACAACCUGAGCCCUUUGGAACAAAUUGUUUGGAGCCUGAUGAAUUGUUAUUGUCAGCUGUUUUGAGCCUUUUAUUUUUUUAUUGCAAAUCUGGUUGGAUUAUGAAAGUAGGGUUGUAACACUAUAUAGCAGUAACAAAAGUUUGAAACUCAUACUGUUAUUUGUGAAACUUUGGUGUCUUGAAUAAAGUUUAAACUCUUUCCUCCUUUCAAUGUGUAUCAUAAAACGAAUCUUGAAUAAAGUUCCAAUGAAUUUUAAAUGUGCAGCUUGAAUCUGUAGCACCAAAAAUUAUUCUAAAAUGGACUUUAGUCGAAACGUGACUGAGUCCCUAGCCUUGAAACAGCGACAUAUCUCUUAUCCAACCCUCGCAAAUAACCAAAGUAACUUACUUAAAAUAUGAAUCAACUUGAAUUGACAAAAUAAAUCCCAAUAACUCCACUUCUUUUUUCUUGCAUCCGAUUCAAUUAAUGAUUUAUAAUCCAUAUAAUCAAGUAGCCCCUCCUUAAUAGACGAUGAGAAAUUCCGUAGACACUGAAAAUCUACCUUGUUAUUUACAUCUCAAGUCUCAUCACAGUAAUGAAAAGUAUCCUUAGAAUCACCACAAACAUGGGAUAAAAAGGAUCUAAUUUUGUAAACUUUGAUGGAGGAAACAUUGUGACCUUGACUCAAGAUGAGAAUCUUAAAAUAAUGUCACAACCCCGGCUCUUCAUGACCUUAGAUCCCAGGUUCCAGAUGCUUAUGUGAUUAAUGAAUGCGGAGUUACAUAAUGCCCUAAUAAAGGUAUGCAAAUGAAAUGUAAAGCUUAAGCCAAUUAUGAGUAAAAUUAGGUGGGCAAAUUUUGGGGUGCAACACUCAAGACCAGACAUCAUGUUUAGUGUGUGUAUGUGUGCAAGAUAUCAAUCUUGUCCAAAAGAAUCUCACUUGAAAGCUGUCAAGAGAAUUCUGCGAUACUUACGUGGAACUACUACAUAUGGCCUAUGGUAUCCAAAAGGAAAUGAGUGUCAUUUGGUAGGAUUCUCCGAUUCAGAUUUUGCUGGCUGCAAAUCCGAUAGAAAAAGCACUAGUGGAACGUGUCAUCUAUUCUCAAACUCAUUAAUAAGUUGGCAUAGUAAGAAACAAGUAUCGGUUGCAU